CGGUGCAGGCGGCUGGCGGGCGGGCGCUUCGCGGUUUGAAUGGCUGAGGGCCCGGUCCCUCAGCUCAGUUGAGGACCAGCCGCCCAGGGAGUGCUAUGCCGUCUGGAGGCGACCAGUCGCCGCCUCCCCCGCCUCCUCCUCCUCCUCCGGCGGCUGGAGCCUCGGAGGAGGAGGAGGAUGACGACGGCGAAGCCGAGGACGCCGCGCAGCCGGCCGGGUCGCCGACCCCUCAGAUCCGGCAGCGGUUUGACGAACUGUGCAGCCGACUUAACAUGGACGAGGCGGCGCGGGCCGAGGCCUGGGACAGCUACCGGAGCAUGAGCGAGAGCUACACGCUGGAGGGAAAUGAUCUUCACUGGUUAGCAUGUGCCUUAUAUGUGGCUUGCAGAAAAUCUGUUCCAACUGUAAGCAAAGGGACUGUUGAAGGAAACUAUGUAUCCCUAACUAGAAUCCUACGAUGUUCACAGCAGAGCUUGAUUGAAUUUUUUAACAAAAUGAAGAAGUGGGAAGACAUGGCAAACCUACCCCCCCAUUUCAGAGAGCGUACUGAGAGGUUGGAAAGAAACUUCACUGUUUCUGCUGUAAUUUUUAAGAAAUAUGAACCCAUUUUUCAAGAUAUUUUUAAAUAUCCCCAAGAGGAACAACCUCGUCAACAAAGAGGAAGAAAACAGAGGCGACAGCCCUGUACUGUGUCUGAAAUCUUCCAUUUUUGUUGGGUGCUUUUUAUAUAUGCAAAAGGUAAUUUUCCUAUGAUUAGUGAUGAUUUGGUCAAUUCUUACCAUCUUCUGCUGUGUGCUUUGGACUUAGUUUAUGGAAAUGCUCUACAGUGUUCCAAUCGUAAAGAACUUGUGAACCCUAACUUUAAAGGCCUAUCUGAAGAUUUUCACACCAAGGAUUCUAAACCUUCCUCUGACCCACCUUGUGUCAUUGAGAAACUCUGUUCUUUACAUGAUGGCCUAGUUUUGGAAGCAAAGGGAAUAAAGGAACAUUUUUGGAAACCUUAUAUUAGGAAACUUUAUGAAAAAAAGCUCCUCAAAGGAAAAGAAGAAAAUCUUACUGGCUUUCUAGAACCUGGGAAUUUCGGAGAGAGUUUUAAAGCCAUCAAUAAUGCCUAUGAGGAGUAUGUUUUAUCUGUUGGGAAUUUAGAUGAACGGAUAUUUCUUGGAGAGGAUGCUGAGGAAGAAAUUGGGACUCUCUCACGAUGUUUGAACACUGGUUCAGGAACAGAGAGUGCUGAAAGAGUGCAGAUGAAAAACAUCUUGCAGCAGCAUUUUGACAAGUCUAAAGCACUUACAAUCUCCACACCACUCAGUGGUGUGAGGUACAUUAAGGAGAACAGCCCUUGUGUGACCCCAGUUUCUACAACUACACACAGCUUGAGUCGUCUUCACACGAUGCUGACAGGCCUCAGGAAUGCACCGAGUGAGAAACUGGAACAAAUUCUCAGGACAUGUUCCAGAGAUCCAUCCCAGGCUAUUGCUAACAGAUUGAAAGAAAUGUAUGAAAUAUAUUCCCAGCAUUCCCAGCCAGAUGAAGAAUUCAAUAAUUGUGCUAAAGAAAUUGCCAGCAAACACUUUCGUUUUGCAGAGAUACUUUACUAUAAAGUAUUAGAGUCUAUUAUCGAGCAGGAACAAAGGAGACUGGGAGCCACAGAUUUGUCUGGUAUUCUGGAACAAGAUGCAUUCCAUAGAUCACUUUUGGCUUGCUGUCUUGAAGUCAUCACUUUUUCUUAUAAGCCUCCGGGGAAUUUUCCAUUUAUUACUGAAAUAUUUGAUGUACCACUUUAUCAUUUUUAUAAGGUAAUAGAAGUAUUUAUUAGAGCAGAAGACGGGCUUUGUAGAGAGGUGGUAAAACACCUUAACCAGAUUGAAGAACAGAUCUUAGAUCAUUUGGCAUGGAAACCAGAGUCCCCACUCUGGGAUAAAAUUAGAGAUAAUGACAAUAGAGUUCCUACAUGUGAAGAGGUCAUGCCACCUCAGAACUUGGAAAGAGCAGAUGAAAUUUCUAUUGCUGGCUCCCCUUUGACUCCUAGAAGGGUGAGUGAAGUUCGUGCUGAUACUGGAGGACUUGGAAGAAGUAUAACAUCUCCAACUACACUAUAUGAUAGAUACAGCUCCCCAACAGUCAGCACUACCAGAAGGCGGCUGUUUGAGAAUGACAGCCCCUCUGAUGGAGGAACACCUGGGCGCAUUCCCCCACAACCCUUGGUCAAUGCUGUCCCUGUGCAGAGUGUAUCUGGGGAGGCAGUUUCUGUCACACCAGUUCCUGGACAGACCUUGGUCACCAUGGCAACAGCCACUGUCACAGCCAACAAUGGACAAACAGUGACCAUUCCUGUACAAGGUAUUGCCAAUGAAAAUGGAGGGAUAACAUUCUUCCCAGUCCAAGUCAACGUUGGAGGGCAGGCACAAGCUGUGACAGGCUCCAUUCAGCCCCUCAGUGCUCAGGCCCUGGCUGGAAGCCUGAGUUCUCAACAGGUCACAGGAACAACCUUGCAAGUCUCUGGUCAAGUGGCCAUUCAACAGAUUUCCCCAUGUGGACAACAACAGAAACAAGGCCAGGCUUUAACCAGCGGCAGUAUUAGACCCAAGAUGACCAGCUCUUUAUCACUGUUCUUUAGAAAGGUUUACCACUUAGCAGGUGUCCGCCUUCGGGAUCUUUGUGCUAAACUGGAUAUUUCAGAUGAACUAAGGAAAAAAAUCUGGACCUGCUUUGAGUUCUCCAUGAUUCAGUGUCCUGAAAUUAUGAUGGACAGACAUCUGGACCAGUUGUUAAUGUGUGCCAUUUAUGUCAUGGCAAAGGUCACAAAGGAAGACAAGUCCUUCCAGAACAUCAUGCGAUGUUACAGGACUCAGCCACAGGCCAGAAGCCAGGUAUAUAGAAGUGUUUUGAUAAAAGGGAAAAGAAAAAGAAGAAAUUCUGGCAGCAGUGAUAGCAGAAGCCAUCAGAAUUCGCCAACAGAACUAAACAAAGAUAGAACCAGUCGAGACUCUAGUCCUGUCAUGAGGUCCAGCAGCACCUUGCCAGUUCCACAGCCUAGCAGCGCCCCUCCUACACCUACUCGUCUCACAGGUGCCAACAGUGACAUGGAGGAGGAGGAGAGAGGCGACCUUAUUCAGUUCUACAACAACAUCUACAUAAAACAAAUCAAAACAUUUGCCCUAAAGUACUCACAAGCAAACAUAAUGGAUGCUCCUCCACUCUCUCCAUAUCCAUUUGUAAGAACAGGCUCCCCUCGCCGAAUACAGUUGUCUCAAAAUCAUCCUGUCUACAUUUCCCCACAUAAAAAUGAAACGAUCCUUUCUCCUCGAGAAAAGAUUUUUUACUACUUCAGCAACAGUCCAUCAAAGAGACUGAGAGAAAUUAACAGUAUGAUACGGACAGGAGAAACUCCAACUAAAAAGAGAGGGAUUAUUUUGGAAGAUGGAAGUGAAUCACCUGCAAAAAGAAUUUGUCCUGAAAAUCAUUCUGCCUUAUUACGCCGUCUCCAAGACGUAGCUAAUGACCGAGGUUCCCACUGAGGUUAGUUUCUGGUAUUGAAACUGUCUUUUCACAAACUCUGUUUAGCAGCAUCAUUUAAUGCAUGCUAGAUUAUGCAGCCCUUUUCCUUAAUCUAGCCAGUUAUUUAGAGCCUGUUAGAAACAGGAAGAGACAUUUUUAUGAGUACUUACUCCUUCCAAUAUCCUUAGGAUAUUUUUAUUCACCCCAACUGCCUUUUCCUCUGCUAGUUAGUGCUUACCAUCAACACUUCUCAGAACCCCUGAUCUCUUAACUCUGGCAAAGCGUUUAUAAGUAGAGAACAAAAUGCACUCAAAUAGGAGAUCUGUUGACAUGUUUCAGCAGAGGAGCUGUAUUUCACAUUUAUUCCUACCUGUCCAUGGUCAGCUGUAGCUGUUAAUGAAAAGCAAAACAAAAUUUAGGUAUUUUGUCCUAAAACACUUGGUAGGAGUGUGAGUUUUUGCUUUCACAAAAAUAGGAGGGUAGCCUAGAUUUGGAGGUCCCAAGUCACUAGCCUAUCUCCUGUUUCCUCUGCACUUCCUUCCUUUUCCCCAGUAGGUGAGGCGUGGUGUGAAAAGUGCUGAUUCAUCAGCUGUGCAAUGUCUGAAGGAACCUAUAGAAGUGGCAGCACUUUAGGGCUGUAAAAUGCUUGAUUUUGUAACCCAAAUUUUGCUGUAUAUUUGUGACGGCACUUUCUACAAUGUGAAGUUUAUGAAGUACAGAACUUCUAGGCUAAACAGCCAAUAUUUUCUUUAAUACUUUUGUACUUUUUAAAAACUGUUAAUGCCCUGGUAGCCAAACUUUGGGCAUGUGGUUUAAAUUCUCCAGUUUUUGUUGUUGUUAUAUAGGAAUCAGCUGGCAAAGUAAAAGAUUUUUAAAUCAGGUUGAAUUGAGGGGAUUAAUAUGACCUUUUUAGGAGGUAUAAAAAAGACAUGUGAAGUAUCUUUGGGUGUAUUCCUGGCAGUUUAAAAAAAUAGGUGGGAGAAUAUAGGUCUUUAUUAGUACAUAGUACCAUUUAUAUAAAUUAGAAAAUGUUAUUUAACAGCUAUUGAAUUAUCUAUAUAUACCUUUAUUAAUCACUAUUGUUCCAGCAGUUUUAAAAUUGAAUUAAUAAUCUUAUUAGGGAGAAAAUUUAACUGUAAAUUGAAUCAGUAUAAACAAAGUUACUAGGUAACUUCAUAUUGCUCUAAAAGAAACAUGGAUCUUACACUAUUCAAUUAGAAUAGUGUUCUGCAAAAAUAUUUAUAAAACCUCUGAAGAUACUUACUGCUACUGUAAUUUUAUAUGAAAAUAAAUGUAUUUUUCAAUAAAGCAUUUAUAAAUUA